CCCGGCGCCGUGCCGAAGCCGCCCGCCUAGUGGCCCGCAGUCAUUAUCGCCGAGGCUGGGAAUCGCUCAGACUGAUCCAGCUCGACAGCGCGGCGUCAGCCAGCAUCAGCCGGAUACGGGACCGCGGGUUCUUAAACUAGUGGCAAACGUAACCCCGUUUGGAUGUUACAAGAGACAAGGAGAUACAGUUCAGACUCUGUAUGGAAAAACCCUCUUGCCGUGAAGGAACCCGUUUUGAUUUGUUGGGACGCUCUCCUUGGAGUGACAAAGUAUGUUUAACCUGAUCAAGAAGGACAAGGAGAAGGAUGUGGGGAGGAAGGAGAAGCGGGAUAAGAAGGACAAGAAGGAACGGAUGUCAGCAGCGGAGCUGAAGAGCUUGGAGGAGAUGAGUAUGCGGAGGGGGUUCUUUAACCUCCACCGCAGCUCCAAGCGGGAGUCUAAGAACAAGCUGGAGAUCUCCAAUCCCAUCCCCAUCAAGGUGGCCAGCAGCACCGAGCUCAGCCUGACGGACAUCGACUCGGACAGCCUCAGCAACCGGGGCAGCAUGGUCUUAGACAUGGGUCAGCUGAGCGCGGCCAGCUCCAGUGACGACCUCAAGGGGGACGUGGCCCACGACGGCCCCCGGGGCUCCGUCAGGGAACGGGCGGCCCGCUUUGGCUCUCUGGCCAAGCAAAACUCGCAGGUGGGUCAGAUCAUGAAGCGAUUCUCCUUCUCCCAGAGGAGCAAAGAGGAGAGUCCCUCAGAGGGUUCCACACCUUCGGGGCAGAACUCCGCAGCCCCCUCCCCGCAGGUGGAGGCCAAGGUCUUUGAUCCGCAGCGUAAGCAGAACCUCCAGCUGCAGACUGUCGAUUGGGUCCCGCCUGCGAAGAGGGUAAGGAUCCCAGAGGUGGUGGACAAGACGUUUGCGGCCGACCUGCGGUUGCCGCAUGUGGUGCCUCCCCAGACCCCUGAGGCGCGGGAGCUGGAGCUCCAGCGCCGCAACACAGGCGACUUCGGCUUCUCCCUGCGCCGCACCACCAUGCUGGACCGUGGCGCCGAUGGCACUGUCUACCGCCGCGUGGUCCACUUCGCUGAGCCUGGUGCCGGAACCAAGGACCUGGCGCUGGGGCUGGUCCCGGGUGACCGGCUAGUGGAGAUCAACGGACGCAACGUAGAGAAUAAGACCCGAGAUGAGAUUGUGGAGAUGAUCCGGCAGUCGGGCGACUCAGUGCGGCUGAAGGUGCGACCCAUCCUGGAGCUGAGCGAGCUGAGCAGGAGCUGGCUGAGGAACAGCGAGGGGUUACGCAGAGAGGCGCUCGAUGUGAAGACGGAGGAGCAGAUUGCCGCAGAGCAGGCAUGGUAUGGCUCGGAGAAGAUGUGGCUGGUCCACAAGGAUGGCUUCUCCCUGGCGACUCUGCUGAAGACGGAGCCGGGCAGCCUGCCAGAGGGGAAGGUGAAGGUCAAGCUGGAGCACGACGGCACGAUACUGGACGUGGAUGAAGAUGAUGUGGAGAAGGCAAACCCCCCGUCAUUUGACCGUGUAGAGAACCUCGCCUCCCUCCAGUACCUGAAUGAGUCAAGCGUCAUGCACUCGCUGCGGCAGCGUUACGGAGGAAACCUCAUCCACACGUACGCUGGACCCAGCAUGGUGGUCAUCAACCCUGUUAGCGCCCCCUCCAUCUACUCCGAGAAGGUGAUGCACAUGUUCAAGGGCUGUCGGAGAGAAGACACAGCCCCCCACAUCUAUGCCGUGGCCCAGACAGCCUACAGGAACCUUUUGACCACGCGCCAGGAUCAGUCCAUCGUGCUGCUGGGCAAGAGCGGCAGUGGCAAGACCACUAACUCCCAGCACCUGGUGCAGUACCUGGUCUCCAUCGCCGGCAGCACUGGCAAGAUCUUCUCUGCUGAGAAGUGGCAGGCUGUGUACACCAUCCUGGAGGCCUUUGGGAACAGCGCCACCUCCAUGAAUACCAACGCCAGCCGAUUCUCCCAGAUCGUCUCCCUGGACUUCGACCAAGCCGGCCAGGUGGCAUCGGCCUCCAUCCAGACCAUGCUGCUGGAGAAGCUGCGCGUCUCCAGGCGCCCAGAGGGAGAAUCUACCUUCAACGUCUUCUACUACAUGAUGGCGGGCGCAGACAGCACGCUCAGGACGGAGCUGCACUUCAACCACUUCGCCGAGACCAGCGCCUUUGGAAUCGUGCCUCAGUCCAAGCCUGAGGACAAGCAGAAGGCUGCCCAGCAGUUUACCAAGCUCCAGGCCGCUAUGAAAGUGCUAGGCAUCUCGUCUGAGGAGCAGAAGGCUGUGUGGCUCAUCCUGGGGGCUAUAUACCACCUGGGGGCCGCAGGGGCCACAAAAGAGGCAGACGAAGCUGGACGAAAGCAGUUUGCACGCCACGAAUGGGCCCAAAAGGCGGCCUACCUGCUGGGCUGCAGUCUGGAGGAGCUCUCCUCCUCCAUAUUCAAGCACCAGCACAAGGGCUCCCUCCCGAGGUCCACCUCCUUCCGGCAGGGCCCAGACGACUCGGCGUCCGGGGAUGGCUCAGGACCCAAGAUCACAGCCCUGGAGUGUCUGGAGGCGAUGGGUUCCAGCCUGUAUUCUGAAGUUUUCACUCUCCUCAUCUCCCUCGUCAAUCGUGCCCUGAAGUCCAGCCAGCACUCCCUGUGUUCGCUGCUGAUCGUGGACACGCCGGGCUUCCAGAACCCGCGGCUGACCAAGCGCGAGCGCGGCGCCACCUUCGAGGAGCUGUGUCACAACUACACACAGGAGCGACUGCAGACGCUGUUCCACGAGCGCACCUUCGUGCAGGAGUUAGAACGUUACAAGGAGGAAAACAUAGAGCUUGCCUUGGAUGAGCUUGAGUCCAGUACGUCUCGCUCUGUAGCUGCUGUAGACCAAACGUCAGCUCAAGCACUGGUGCGCACUCUGGCCCGGACAGACGAGGCACGGGGGCUGCUCUGGCUCAUGGAGGAGGAGGCGCUGCAGCCCGGGGGCUCCGAGGACACGCUUCUAGAGCGUCUCUUCAGCUACUACGGCCCAGCCGAAGGAGAGGACAAGGGGAAAGGUCAAAGCUUGCUGUUGAAGAGCGAGAAGCCGCGUCACUUCCUGAUGGGCCACAGCCACGGGACAGACUGGGUGGAGUAUGACGUCCUGGGCUGGCUCAACCAUGCCAAGCAGAACCCCGCCUCCCUGAAUGCCGCCACGCUGCUGCAGGACUCCCAGAAGAAGAACAUCAGCAGCCUGUUCAUGGGCCGCACCGGUGGGCCCACGGUGCUCUCGGGCUCCAUCGCCGGCCUGGAGGGUGGCUCCCAGCUGGCUCUUCGCCGGGCCACCAGCAUGAGGAAGACCUUCACCACCGGCAUGGCUGCCGUCAAGAAGAAGUCGCUCUGCAUCCAGAUCAAGCUGCAAGUGGAUGCGCUCAUCGAUACCGUGAGGAGGUCCCGAGUCCACUUCGUGCACUGCUUGUUGCCCAAGGCGUUCGCACUGAGCGGGGAGCUCCGAGUGCAGGGUGGGCCGUCUCCCCGCUCCGCCGAGGGCGAGGCCCAGGGCGAGAGCGUCACCGGCCUGAUGCAGCUGGAUGUGGCUCUUCUUCGAGCCCAGCUCCGUGGCUCCAAGCUGCUCGACGCCCUACGGAUCUACAGGCAAGGGUACCCCGAUCACAUGGUCUUCUCGGAGUUUCGUCGCCGCUUUGACGUGCUCACGCCCCACCUGACCAAGAAGCACGGCCGCAACUACAUUGUCACGGACGAGAAGAGGGCUGUAGAAGAGCUGCUGGAAUCUUUGGAUCUUGAGAAGAGCAACUACCACAUGGGUCUGAGCAGGGUGUUCUUCAGAGCCGGCACACUGGCCAAGCUCGAGGAGCAGCGAGACGAUCAGACUCGCCGUAACAUUGCCCUGUUCCAGGCAGCCUGCAGGGGAUACCUGGCAAGACAAUCCGUCAAGAAGAGAAAGCCACAGGUGAGCCACAGGGACGUAGAGACGGAAAAGCGUCUGAGAAAGGACCUGAAACGCACCAAGGCCCUGCUGGUCGACGCUCAGAUCAUGCUGGACCACCUAAAGAACAACGCGCCCAGCAAGCGCGAGAUAACACAGCUCAAAAGCCAGCUGGAGGAGUCAGAGUUCACCUGUGCGGCCGCCGUCAAGGCCCGCAAGUCCAUGGAGGCCGAGAUCGAGGACCUGCACGUCCAAAUGGACGACAUCUCCAAAGCUAAAAGCGCUUUGGAGGAGCAGCUGAGUCGGGUGCAGCGGGAGAAGAACGAGCUGCAGUCGCGCAUGGAAGAGGACCAGGAGGACAUGAACGAGCUGAUGAAGAAGCACAAGGCCGCCGUCGCCCAGUCAUCCCAGAACCUGGCUCAGAUCAGCGAUCUCCAGAGCCAGCUAGAGGAAGCCAUGAAGGAGAAGCAGGAGAUCCAGGAGAAGCUCCAGUCCCUGCAGAGCCAGCUGGAUUUCCAGGAGCAGUCCAUGGUGGAGAAGUCGCUGGUCAGCAGACAGGAGGCCAAGAUCCGCGAGCUGGAGACCAAGCUGGAGUUCGAGAAGACUCAGGUCAAGCGUCUAGAGAGCCUGGUCAGCCGGCUGAAGGAGAACGUGGAGAAGCUGACGGAGGAGCGAGACCAACGGACGGCCGGGGAGGGACGGGAGAGGGAGCAGAACAAGCGCAUGCAACGGCAGAUCCGGGACAUCAAAGAGGAGAUCGCCGAGCUGGCCAAGAAAGAGUCUGAGGCCAGCCGCAAGAAGCAUGAGCUGGAAAUGGACAUCGAGAGCUUGGAAGCCGCCAAUCAGAGCCUGCAGGCGGAUCUUAAACUCGCUUUCAAAAGGAUCGGCGACCUGCAGGCCGCCAUCGAGGACGAAAUGGAGAGCGACGACAAUGAGGACCUCAUUAACAGUUUACAAGACAUGGUGACAAAAUACCAGAAAAGAAAGAAUAAAACUGAGGGGGGUUCAGGGACAGACUCUGAGGUGGAGGACCGCGUCGAUGGCGUCAAGUCCUGGCUGUCCAAAAACAAGGGCUCUGCCAAGAACCUGUCCGACGAUGGGAGCCUAAAGAGUUCCAGAUACGCCAUCAACGUAGAUGGCAAGGAAGGGAAGGAGGGCAAAGAGGGCAAAGAAUGGAAAGAUAGUAAUGGCAAAGAAGUAGAGCAGAGCAGACCUGUGUCCGUGAUGAGUUCACUCAGCUACAGGAAGCGCACUAGCUUGAAAGACUCCAUAGGGGGCCAGGGAGACGACAGCUCCCUCUUUAGCGCCCUGAAGGAGCAGUCGGAGUGCCAGGACCUGUCCGCGUUCCGCAAGGCGAAGGCAAAGUCCUCUGACGGCCCAGAUGACGCCCACUCUGUCAGUUCCUGGAGAAGAUCCCAAGCCGGGGACGAGCUGGAUGACCGAAGCUCUGUCAUUUCUCACGCCUACUCUGAGGCCACCAGCCGGGCCAAGAAGGGGCUGGACAGCCGUUGGUCCGAGUUCGACAAGGAGUCCACAGUCUCCUCAUUUGCUCCGAGCCGGGCUUCUGCCCGUCGUGGGCUGGACUUGGAUGAAGACGGAAAGUCUUCCUUCAGCUUCGGGGCCUCCAGUCCCCACAGCCUGCGGCGCAGCAACUCCUCCCGCCUGGACGACCGACGGAGCGACACCUAUAGCUCAGCUGUCAGCCCCAGCCUCAGCAGGCGUUCAGGGGGGCGCAGCCCUGGCAGUGUGAGUCGCGCCGACUCCCGCAUGUCCCUGAGCCGCAGCUGCCGGCUCAGCGAGUUUGAUGAUGACGCCAUGAGCGUGGCGUUUAGCGAAGGCCGCUCCAGUGCCUACAGCCCCCACUCAUCUGGACGAAGCUUUUCCAUGCCGCCUCAAGCCCGGGCCACGGAUGCGACCCCCCCCGACACAUCUGAUAUCAAGCCUGUUGCCCACCGGAACUACCUGGAUCCGGAUCUGGAGGCAGCCAUUAACGAGGUUCUGAGCUUCAAGCCCAUCAAGUUCAAGAGGCGGAGCUUGGAAGACUCAGCAGAGGAGGGAGAAGGCGGGGAACCGGGCAAGGAUGAUGAGGACCGCCGAAGCGUGCGGAGUGCCAAGAGCUCCCAGGGUGACCGCGAGGCCGGCCAAGGCUCCUCCGGCGUGCAUCGCUCCGCCUCGGCCCUGGAAUUCAGCCGCUCAACCAGCAGCUGCAGUGGUCACAGCAGCCGUAGCCACAAGACCAAGAAGAAGAAGAAGAGGAGCCGAGGGUCGCACAGCUCCUCACCGGACGAGCGCCGCAAGAAGGGCUCCAAGAAGAAGUCAAAGAAGAAGUCCAAGAAGAAGGAGACCGACUCAGAGUCGUCCUCGUCUGAGUCGUCGUCCUCGCAAUCAGAGUCGGAUUCCUCCAGCUCUGGGGCCUCCACGAUCUCUUACCGCAGCUCCAGCAGCAUCAAAAAGGGUCCUGGCCGGCCGGCCUCCGGCUGCGAGGAGGAUGACGACCCGACAGCCUCAGCGGGGGGCCCACCGCUCAGCAAAAAAGAAGAGAAGAAGCGGAAAAAGAAGGUGGACAACCUGAUGAUGAAGUACCUCUACAGGCCUGACAAUGAAAGCCCGCCAUCCAAUCGAAAGAGAUUUGGCCUGGAUAGAUCUGACGAAGAGGAGGAAGAUGAGGAAAAAAAGGAAGGGGGGGCGUCUCGCAGCUCCUACCGCCCCCGAUACUCCCGCCGCAGCUACCUGAACGAUGGCGACAGCGAAGGAAAGCCGUCGGAAACAACAGCGUAGCAGCUACCCCCUGCCAUGAACAAUCCCCAGCACGCCUUGCCUGCCCCCAUUCACCCACGUGGAAGAACAGACACCCCACUUUUUGCAGUUCCACAGACUGAUACCCCUACUACUUUAGACCAUGCCCUGCCGUGCCCUACCACCAGCAUGGCAACCUGAUCCAAGGGCUCGUAGUGCAUGUAGACCCCACCAUGUCACGAUCAUGAACUCGCAACCACUAGUCUUCUAACCUGGAAUAUGAAAUUGUGACAUUGGUGUAAUGUGUUUUAUUUUUUUACAAUCUGCGGCUCGCGUCGGAUUUCGAAGCUUUAAACGGCUUUUGCGGUCACACCCAGGAUUCUGAGGUGGAGUUUUGGCUCGUUCUGUCUGGCCUCCACUGUCCUUCCAGAAACCAGCUCAUCAGUGAUGCUUUUUAACUGCUCGACUUUUUUUUUUUUUUGUUUGUUUUUUUGAUAAUCGCCCCUCUCGACUGCUUGUCAAAAGCCUGAACCCCCCGCCCCCCACCCCACCACACCUCGGCCCCUUGUUAUUGAGCCAAAGAACCAGAGGAUAUUUGGCUUCACAUUGGCAGGAGACUCUGGCUGCACACAUAACGCAAAUCAAUAAAUAAAUACAUAAAUAAAAGAUAAGGUUAAGUACCAAAACACUUCUGUUGUAAGUACAUGUGUACAAUUGUUCUUAUUGUCUCCUUACUCGGAGUCUCAGAAAAAGCAGCAUUAGGGCAGAGCGGUGCUGGUUUUUGGAAAAAAGGUGUUUUUCCUGCAUCUGGGCCCCCUGUAGCCUUGCUAAAAUUCCCACAUCGUCGUCGGACUGGGCUUCUGGUGUCUCUCUCCUGUUUAUUUGUUGGAAUUAUUUCGCAAAGCUGGCAGCUGGGGGAAAUGCAGAGGAUGCGCGCACGUAAACGGGUGGCCCUUAUUUAUAUAUGGUUUUUCUUUCUCCCCUUUUCGGCUUGACGUGUAAGAAGUGAUUUGCUUGGACAGGCUCGGCGUACAGUGGCAGCAUAGGAAAUUGAACUCUGGGCUCCCCUGGUUUCCUGUAAUAUGCUUUGUCUUGCUCUCCUUUAGCUUGGAGGAUUGGUUUCUGCUAAGAGUCUUUGGCUCAGGUUCCUGCUUUCCGCACCCCCCCCCCCCCCCCCCCCCCCCCCCAUCCCUUCAAGCUUUUCGCCAUUUGAUUUGCUUUGUUUUCCAGAGGGAACGUACUCGGCACUGGGCACAGCGUGUCAGAGUGCUAGUCUGUCUCUUGUUCCCUUCUCCUGCCAGUGGUGAUGGCAGAAUACAGGACAACAAAUGGUCACUGGGCCCUUAUCUCUGGCCCUUUCCUGGCCAAAUUUUAAAACCUCUGAUAGUUGCCUGUUCUACACCAGUCACUUUGCCUAUGCUGGCGAAAAGGGGAGUGUCUGUGUGACAUUUUACACUGUGAAAUCCUUUGAGGAUUUUUUUGAAGCAGACUGAUUGACACAGACGAUGUGCCAGUUUCUUGACCGUACUUGUGGGAUUAUAGUAGACUGAGUUGCCGUUUAUUGAGGAAAAGACGACGCAAGAGGAUGCUUCGUACAUGUACUUUAUAAUUAUUGUUCAUAUUGAGUACAAUUAUCGUAGCGAACGUCAACUUUACAUGGGGUACACUGCGAAUGAAAAAUUCACGGACGUGCGUCUGUUUGCAUACGUCUUCGGAUUUAAAAAAAAAAAAAAUGUUUGUCUCCAAACUAUAACAUAAACUCCUCUCCUGUUGUUUUCUAUGCUUUCAAUAAUCACUUUAAUUUGAAAUCUAGCAUUUCACAAAGAACUGAGGCAAAAAACAAUAAAGAAAAUGUCCAUAGACAUAACUCUACUGGCUGUGCACAUUAAUAUAUAUAUAUAUAAUCUGUGUGAUUCAUUCUAGCUCUCCAUUAUUUUCUUACUGAAAUUGCCUCUUGUUAAAAUAAUCGUUUGCUUUACAGUUAAAUGUAAAUAAAUGAUGGCCAAUGUUUUAGAAAUGUUA